ACAAAAUGGAUUCAAAUAGUAGGAAUUGGGAGAAAGCAAGGAACAAUAUAUUCCAAGCAGAAUAUGCAAUGCAGACUGCUACAGACCUAGCUUCCUGCAUUUUAAAAUAACCAGUCUUCUGCUUCUCAGCAAAGAAUGUUCCCUUAUAUGGCUAGACCACAGUCUACGCAGAGGCCAAAUCCUAAUGAAGUGGAGGUGUUUAACAUUAAUCAUGAAAGAGAAGACCAAAUGAGUGUAGUCACUGCUUUCACAGAGAAAUACCAAGCUUUGGAGGAUCAGAUCAAGGUAUACGACAAAGCUCAAAAGCAGCUUCUUGAAGAAGUCAAAGACACAAAGAUAUUUUAUAAUGAAUUGGUAAAGAUUCGACAAAAAUAUCUGAUCCAAGACGCUCUUUUACUCAAAGAGUUCAAGCAAAAAUCUCAGAAAGUAAAGAAGAUGAUGAAGGGAAGUGGGACUCUUUACUGUCAUAUUAUUAAAGCUCCAAAUUUGUAUUAUCCCAAGAAGCAGAUGAAUUAUUAUGACAAAGUCCUUCUUGUAAGAGGCAAGGAAGGAAAAUUGGAGUAUAGGUGUCAUCCUUCCCUCCGCAAAUCCUUUAGACUCAAGACAGAGCUUGUUUAUGAGAUGAAAGAUUUUCAUAAGCAAAAACAAACCUUAAUCUGGAGCAUCAAUGGGGAUAAUAUUACAGAGAAUUCAGGAAAGAAUCCUAGUUUUAUCCCAAAUAUUGUGCAGAAGUUAAAACUAUUAUCAUUAUACAGGUGCCUUGCUAAGGAAGCCACUGGACUGGCUUAUUACGCAAAUAAAGAGCCUGAGUAUCAUGUCCUGGGAGGAAAAGGAGAAUCUCACCAAGGGCAGAAAGGAGGAAGAAAUAGUGAUUUAUGAGAGGAAAGCUCAAAAAUAAACCAAUACGAAUUCAUUAAGAAUAUUCAGAUUAGUUGCAAAGAAGCUGAGGAUGGCUAUAGAGAGAUGAAGAUCAGGGUUGAGCUAUGCUGAGAUGUCUAUAUUGAGUGCAACUUUUCAAUCGAACAAUAUGCCUUCCAAACUGAUGAAGCAAAGGAAACCAAAGAAGAGUCCCAUGAGAAAGACGAAGAAGAGGACCUUGUCGUAAAGCCGACUGUGUUUUACCAAAUUUUGGAGACCUGUAUUUGCAGGGAGAACAUUGAUGACAUAAUUUCUUUAGAUCUGAUGGCAUACCUUACUCAAAAGUACACUAAUUACAUCAUGAACAAGAUAAUGAACCCAGAUUUAUGACUUCAUUAUGAAUUUUUAUACUCUGAGCAGAACUAUUUCAAGUACCAUAUAAACCUUUACAGCAAGAACAAAGAUUCGGAUACUAAUUUGACAAAGAGGACUACUAUUAUAAUUCUAGAGGUUGAGAACUUCAAGCUCGUCCUGAAUGAGAAGAGCAAGACGACCAACGACUCAGAAUAUUUAGGGACAUUUACCACUACUGAGGUUAAAAAUCUCGUAGAAGAGCUUUCAAGUGCUCUGAGCACCCACUUGUGCUAAUUCUGAUUUAACAGGCUAUAAAUGCUUUAAAGUUCAAUUUUG